CAUUCAUUGCUUUAGUCCUAGAUUGGAAAACUGACUUCGCCGUCUUCACAGGACUCAGGUCGUCUUACUCGCGUUGAUCAGGGCUUAUUAUUGUCUGGUUUCUUCCAGAUUGUCGAAGCUAAAGCAAUCGUGUUCUUUUGUCUGAGCUUACGAGCGUCAGAGCUUACGAAAAUGUCGGAACCUAAGGAUAUACCAGCUUCCCCUGGUCUAACGCACAACACCUCAUUGGGUUCGAUUAGCGAAUCACCUUCAGGAAGGAGUUCAUUGAUUCCGAAUCCUAUCAUCACGAAAAGGACCAGAACACUAUCUAUGCUGGAAAUGGCAAUGGAGAAUCCAAUAGAACAUGGUGUGAUCAAAAGUUUUUGCAGAGUGAAGGGCCAUGGCUUCAUCAAGAAAGAUGAUGGUGAAGAUAUAUUUGUCCAUGUGUCAGACAUUGAUGGAGAAUAUGUUCCAAGAGUUGGAGAUGAAGUGUCCUUCAGGAAACUGCAAAUUCCACCAAAGAUGGAAAAAUUCCAAGCUGUUCAUGUUCAAAUAACAAACUUUACUCCUGAAGUUCAUCAGCGUUGGACAUCCCCUCUUACACCGGAGGAAGGUCGUGAGGGUUCUCGACCGUCAUCUCCAACAUCUCCCCAAAAAAAGAAAUAGAUGGACGACGAAUGUUGUUGGUUACUAUAAUGUCCAACAAUCUCUAGAAUUCCUAUCUAUCUCUUGACAAGUAUUGGAACUAAAUGUCUUAGCUAGUCCACACUUUCCUAUUCCUAAUUCCAUAGCAUCACAUGAAAAUGAUCUCUGUUGUUAAAAAAUUGGGAAACAUUUGGAGUAGUUAAACUUGAAUUUGAUUGUUUUUAGCUUUUCUACAUUUCUUGAGAGAUGUGGGGAUUUUUGGAAUUGUUGAUGCACAGAUCAUUGUUGAAACAUUGUUAUUACAGCCAUUCCAUCUACAA